AACUUACAUUGUCUGCAUGGAAGCCAAUCAGGCCGGCCGCUCACCCCGGCCCUCGGCAACGUUGGACAGUGCAUCUAUAAAUACCCCUCGGCUACAAGCUUCAUUCCAAGCACACGACACCACCAACUCGCUCUCGCUAGCCACGUACCUCAAACCAUUCUAGCUAUUUGUGAUCGAUAUCUGAUCUAGGAGUUGAUCGAUCUAGGAGUAGGAGGAGGAGGACAUGGCGAAGCUCAACGCCACCGUCGUCGCUGCUUUGCUCUCUCUGUCCGUGCUGCUCGCCUUCCUCGCCGGGCAGUCGUUUGCCGGGCGCUACUACUACGACAAAGUCCAGGACAAGGUGAGGAAGGAAGUGGAGAAGGCCAUGGCAAACAACCCCACCAUCGGCCCCGCCCUUGUUCGCUUGGUGUUCCAUGACUGCUGGGUCAAUGGUUGCGAUGGCUCCGUGCUCCUAGACAGGACGCCGACUGACGGCACCAACACCGAGAAGAACGCGACCAACAACAUCGGCCUCGCAGGCUUCGAGGUGAUCGACGCCAUCAAGCAGAAGGUCGGCACCGACGUCUCCUGCGCCGACAUCGUGGCCUUCGCAGCGCGCGACGCGGCCGACAUCCUCAGCGGCGGAAAGAUCUUCUACACCCUCCGCGGCGGCCGCAAGGACGGCGUCGUCUCGUCCGCCGCGGCCGCGGACGCCAACCUGCCGCACCCCAACUUCGACUUCGACCAGCUCAGGGACAACUUCGCCGCGGCCAGCAGCCGAGGCAGGAGCUUCACCGUCGAGGAGCUCGUCGUCCUCUCCGGCGCGCACUCCAUCGGCGUCGCUCACCUCUCGUCCUACCAGGACCGACUGCUGGGGGGACCCGACUCCACGCCCAUCGAUUCCCGAUACCAGGCGGCGCUCAACAAGACCACGCCUCCGGCGUUGCUCGAGAGUGGGCAGAACCCGACGGUGCCCAACAACGCCCGCGACGAGACCGACGCGUUCCAGGAGGACGCUGCCUACGACGCCGUGGCCAUGGGCGUGAACCCGAGGAGGGGCGUCCUCGACAACAGCUACUACCACAACAACCUCGUCAACAAGGUGCUCUUCAAGUCCGACUGGGUGCUACGCACGGACGGCUUCGCCGCCAGCAAGCUGUUGGAACGCCGGCGAGGAUCGCCAGAGUUUGCCCGGAUCACCUACGACGGCCGGCAGCGGUUUUAGUCGCCGCGGUCACCACACAACGCGAACGCACGCACGAGAAAGCUGGACACCGAGAGAGUUUUUUUUACGCCACAACACACGGCGCCUUUUCGAUGCAUUGAUCUGGUCUUUACAUGGGCUUGAAGCCCUCCACCCCGCCACGGUUCCGCAGCUGCACGGUGCGCCGUUCUUCUCGGGCGCCCGCGCGACAUGCACGGCCCGCGGCCAUGACGGGGCCUGACCUUAUGAAGCGGUCAAGAUGCGAACGUGUGCAAUCUCCAUCCCAUCCUGUUUCUACGCUAAUCUAGACAUGUGUUUGUAACAGCAAAUGCCUGAACUAAUGCACCUAAACAUGCAGCAGCUAGUUGACACGAUUACAUACUGAAUGCAAGCUAAUGCAGUUCGACAGUGGACAACAGUUCACCCCCUUAAUCGUGCUCAACCUUGAUGAUGCCCAGCCUCAGUCUCAUCUCCAUGAACCUGAGCCUCCCGAGUGGCUUUGUGAGGAUGUCUGCUAGUUGAUCAUCAGUACUCACAUGAUUCACCUCCACCAUGCCUUCGGAUAUGCAUUCCCUUAUGAAGUGAUACCUUGUGUCGAUGUGUUUGGUCCUUUCAUGAUGGACAGGAUUUUUGCUUAGCUCCUGAGCUGACUUGCUGUCAAUUCUUAGCUCAAACUGUUUGACAGCACCUCCAGUGAUAUCAGCCAGCAGUCUGCUUAGCCAAACCCCCUGACAUGCUCCAGCUGCUGCAGCUAUAUACUCGGACUCACAUGAGGACAGUGACACCACCUUCUGCUUUUGUGAUGUCCAGGUUAUCAGGUUCUGUCCAAGGAAGUAUACUAUGCCAGUGG